CCAACGGCCCAGCAGACGGACCGAAGGACGGACGGACAUCCAGCCAGGCACGGGACAGACUGACCUGGGAAGCUUCGGGCUCAGCCCUCCCCCACCUUUCUCCUGGAAAACUUGCCCCAAGUCCGGAGGGGCACGGCAGCCGCUGGAAGGACACACGGGCAUUCGUUCAAUCGUGUUUAUUGAGCGCUUACUGUGUGCAGAGCCCUGUACUAAGCGCUUGGGAAGUACAAGUUGGGACCCACACACAGCAUGGCCAACGCGGGGCUGCAGCUGCUGGGCUUCAUCCUGGCCUUCGUGGGCUGGAUCGGGACCAUCGUCAGCACCGCCCUGCCCCAGUGGAAAAUCUACUCUUACGCCGGGGACAACAUCGUGACCGCCCAGGCCAUCUACGAGGGGCUGUGGAUGUCCUGCGUCUCGCAGAGCACCGGACAGAUCCAGUGCAAGGUGUUCGACUCCCUGCUGAACCUGAGCAGCACUUUGCAGGCCACCCGUGCCCUGAUGGUGAUUGGAAUCCUCCUGGGACUGAUUGCAAUACUAGUUGCUUCGAUUGGCAUGAAAUGCAUGAAAUGUAUGGAAGAUAAUGAAAUGCAAAAGAUGAGGAUGGCUGUCUUUGGUGGAGUGAUAUUUCUGGUUGCAGGGUUGGCUGUUUUGGUGGCCACUGCUUGGUAUGGAAAUAGAGUUGCCAGAGAAUUCUACGACCAGCUAACGCCUAUCAAUGCCAGGUACGAAUUCGGACAGGCUCUCUUCAUCGGCUGGGCUGCAGCUGCACUCUGUCUUCUGGGAGGUGGUCUCCUCUGUUGCUCCUGUCCACAAAAAUCAUCCUCUUACCCUACUCCUCGUCCCUACCCAAAGCCUGCACCCUCUUCUGGAAAGGACUACGUGUAACCCAGAAGAAAGUGGAGAAUGCCACAUUGGAAAGGGUUUAAAGAGGACACUGAAAUGACAUUAUCACAAUUGGUUGGCACUCACAUCUUUUUGACUACUAUAAUCAAAAUUUUUGUAUUAAAAAUGUAUUUUUUGUAAUCCUUUCCAUUACUGAAAAUGUAUACUUUGUCUUUUUGUAACCCAAAUAGGAAAGCUGCACUUGUAUCUAUACUCCUAAUAAUUAAUGCAGUUUUUGACUCUUCUAGAUUGCUAUUCAUUAGGAAGUCAGUCAAAGGGAAAGCUUCAUUUUCAAGCAUUUUUUAGUCUACUUUAUUAACUUAAAGAUUUAGGUGGAAAUAGGUCAAACUGUUCAGCCUUUCAGGGUAUCUGUCAGGCAAAGAAACAGAAGGCAUUUUAGAAAGGCCACGGACAUAAGAAGGUAUCUUUGAGUCCAUAUUAAUACUUCCCCACAACUGACUUAUUUCAGCUUGUUUACUUUUCUUGUCUUGUAUUCUUACCCAUGUUGAAGUCAGCAAAACAGUGAUUGGGCAGGGAAGGACCACUUAGAUCAUAUCUUUUGCAACCUGCUUUGUAGCUUGGGUUUCUUUGAUAUCCCUAGCCGACUACUUUCCCAACUUACUUUCAAAAGGUUUUAAACAAUGGGACUUUGCCCACCUGUACUUCUGGGACAUGAUUCCUUAAAUAGCAGACUUUACAGGCAAAACUCCAUUUUGCCAUUCCUUAGUGAUAUUUCCUUCAAGUCCACUCUGUAACUUGACCUCUAUUCUUCCUGUUUAUACCUUGUCUGACCUCAGUUUAGGUAUCGUUCAAUCAUACUAGGCAAAUGUUGUCUUUCCAUCCAUUCUUCUUGCUCUCUGCUCUUUUUUCCCCCUCAUUGGUUCUUUCCUCAUCAUAAAAGUAAAGUCUCAUUUUUUUGUGCCUAAAUAUCUUCUAAAUGGUACCUGAAAAGUUACUGAAACCGGGGAUUUUAUAUGACUACACCAGUGCCCAGCACUGUCAUAUGCAUUUUUCCCCACUCUCCAUUCAGAGAUUUAAUUCUUUAUUCAAUCGUAUUUACUGAGCAUUUAUUGUGUUCAAAGCACUGUACUAAAUGCUUCUGUAACGCCAGAGUAGAGAGAAAGGAGGACUCUUGAUGGAGAUGUCUUUAGUAGUGCAUUUGAUGACCUUCCUUACAUCUGUUAUGGUGUUUUAUUGCUUUUUAAAAAUUUUGUUCCAUUGAAAAUCUCCACACUAGUCUUUCCCUGAUGUUUUAAUUUCCACUCACUGAUUCAAUCUCGUCAGUUUUCUACUCAUAUUUACAAAUUUCUUGUGGUCCCUUUUCCUUUGAGUCUACAUUGGGUUUUUUUGUUUGCACUUUUAAAGUGGGAAAUUAGCAUAUAGUUAGACUCUUCCACAGAGGUGUUGUCUAGUGGCCUGAACCAGGAAUUCAGAGUGGUAAUCCAGUUUUGAUGGAAGCUCCCUCUGUGGCCUUUGGCAAAAUCAUUUAUCUUCUCUACCUCUGUUUUCCCAUCUGUAAAAUUGAGACGAUGAUACUUAGCCUUUUAAUGAGGGGGUGGGGUGUUGUGAGGCAUAAUUAGUUGAUUUAUCUGUGGUGCUUUGAUCAUGAAAAGUGUUUAGUAGUAUUUUCAUUACCCAGUUCAAGAGUCAAACCUACACCAGCCUCCAACCAUUUAUUUUUCACCAAUCAACUCUGCUAGUACACAGUUGUUGACUAAGGCCUUUUUAGAGUAAACACUCCUCCCCACAGAGUGAGAAGUCUGAAACAUGAAUUUUUGGCAUAAGUCAGAUUGUCCUUGCUAGGGAAGAGAAAUGAAUCCCUACACUAUUUAUCAUUUGCAAGGAAAAAGAAGUUCUGGGACUGGAUCUCCACAGGCAAAAUUGCCUAAUUUGUGUAAAACCCCACUGCUUUAUUUUCCCUUGUAAAACUUGGAAUUGGGUUCAGAGCAGCUGUGGUAACCUGCCCAGAAGCAAUGUGAACCAUGAUGUGUAAACAGAAGGAAUGUCAAGAAGAUUGCUUGUAGUUCAUUUGAAAGGUUCACACUCCCUUCCCUGGCCCAAUUAUUACCCUCUGGAAAUAUAAAGAGUUAUUGGCAACACUUUAGCCUGCCAUACUGGAGGAUAUUGUUCACCUCCUCCUUGUUUAGGAGACUAACGGGAUCCAAAGAGCCCCAGAAGGAUACAACUGAGUGCAUACUUCAAAGAUCCUAUUCCUGAAGCCUGAAGAGCUAUUGACUUGGGUGGAGGGAGAGAGUUGGACUCAGCAGUCCUCCUGUCAAAAUGACAGGGUAGUGCUGCCUCAAAAUUUACCAGCUUAUUUUAAAUCUUUUAUACUAUGAUCCACAUCUGGAAGCAAAGAGCCUUUUCUAUUGAAACUUGUAUAAAGUGUUAAUCUUUUUCAAUAAAAGUUUGUUUUUUGUUUGGUUUGGUUUUUAAGAA